AUGUCGACUGUUUCACUGUCUUCAUCGUUCAAUUCUACAAUAACUCAAGAAAAUCUACUCAUAUCAACUAUAACAAUACCAACUACAACUACUGAUUCAUAUGAUCAUCAAGGUGCUGCACUUUAUAUAGCUAUUAUUCUUGUUUGGUAUUCAACUGGUUUAGCUAUGAUGCUUUUUCUUCAAGUACGUCCACGUACAUUACAACAACAAUAUUUAUUUGAUUCAUCAUCAUAUUCAUCAAGACAAGAUCGUCUUCAAAAGAGAACAUCAAAUCCAUUUACAAAAUAUCAAAAUAUUGAAGCUGAUAAUGCAACAAAACAAAUAUUAAAUGAAUUAAAAGAUCCUGAACGACGGCAACGUUUAUGGAAAAUAUAUUAUGCAUCAUCAGAAAAACAAAAUGAGCCAGAUCCACAAUACUAUCAAACAAUUACAUCUGAUAGUGCUACGAUUGAUCGAAUUAAAAGAAAAUUAGCUGAUAUACAUCGAAUGAAUUCAACUAAUGAUUCCAAUUUUCCAGUACAAUCAAAUAUUACUUCUACAAAUGAAAAUCGUUCAUUAAUAUCUGCUUUUGAUUCGACAAAAUUUUUUUCAAAACGUUUUCCUGCAUUACGUCGUCCAGCUACUGGCACAACAACUAAUACUCGACCAACAUUUAUUCGAGCGAUAUCUCAAACAGAUCAACCAUUACCUAAUAUCACUGUUGAAAUGGAACCUCUUAUUGAUAGAAAACAAUCAUUACCAUCAACACCAACUAGUUCUCCUGAACGAAAUACUAUAUCUUCAGAUAGAUUUACUAUCGAAAAAGUAUCUGAUAAUAAUACAAUGCACGCUAUUGUGAAUGAAACUAUAGAAUAG